AUGGGAAACCGUCCUUCUUACUCCUCCGUCCCGCUCGACGGAUACUUAGCGGCCCGAGCAUCUAUAGAGGCCCGCUUUUCACAUGCCGCAGCAAGCCGCCAACGAACCGCAUCGCCUUCUGGGUGCUGCGGGACAAGUGAAGACACCUUCCCGACGAUGUCUGCUAUGGAGCAUCACCCGUGUAGUCCUCACCGUGAGCAUGCCAAGUUCAGCAGAGAAAUGUGCCUCGAACAGCGAGGUGCGGUAUCCUCGGGCCUGGUGUUGCCUCCCUCCUUGAGUGUAGCGGAGACAACUGAUACUAAUUCAGACGGGGCCCCAGAUGAGUUCGAGGGGGCGCAAGCAGCAGAAGACAUGUUUAGUAGACUGUCUCAGUCAUUUACGAGGGUCAAGGCGCCCCAUGUUAGGGCGCGGUCGCCGCUGCCUUUUCCGUCCAUGGCAAAUUGCUCUCCCACGGUGUCUAAAGGAAGUGAUGCACAGCAGGCGCCAUUGUGUAACAGCAGUAUUGCCAUCAUCAAUGAGCGAGACUAUACACUCAAUUCGGAGAGGUCACCCAAUGCAGUCGGUUGCCCCCAGCCCAAGAGGAAACCGCAGCAGCCGGCAGAGGCGCUCAUAGCGCCAACAGCUGGACCCCAUCAGACAAAGCAAUUAGGGACCGAGGCCGGGACCCCUAGUGGGCGCCCCAGCGGGCUGCCCAAAGCGUGCAUUAAUGAGUCAGAUAUGUUGUGCCCUCUGUCACCUAAUUCAGCCUUGGGUUCUAUAAGCCCCCCUGCAGUUGCUUUUAAAGGAGCAUCAGCAAAAUCCACAGAAACACUUCCGGAGACAGGAGCUCCUGUACAGGGGACAUCUAAAAGGUUCUCCGUGUCCUACGGACCUCUGUGCAAUCACUCCCCCUUUAUGGAGGGCAGGGCCGUGCAAAUAUUACUUCAGCUGCUCCUUGGGCCGUCCCUUGGAGCCUGCAUGGGCGUUUGCGUGCACUGGUUCAUGAAGAUAAGCGACGCUCUUGCAGAUAUGUGCGCCCAUCUUUCAAAGGACUUAGAGGCGUCUUAUGGGAAGUUCCUCUCUCCCGUCAGUGCGACGCUAAAGUUUCUUCCGCUGCAAAUAGCGGGAGCAAAAGGCACGAGGCUGGACUGGGUUAUAACGGCAAGGGUUCUCCCCCCUGCCGCCGAUAACGUGUUGUCCUUGGGUUACUGCUUUGAAUAUCGGAAUUCAUGGCUUAGCAGUCCCUCAUUCCCGACCGAUUCAAACGGAUCUGAACACGCAGAAGACGUAUUUUCUCGCCAGGCUGAUUUGAUCCCUCUACGCACAACUGGCUUGAGAAGCGAGGAGCAAGGCAGAGAAAUUGUUUUACGGCCUUUUAGCCGAACUGGCGAGUCGCCCAAAGCUGGGUGUAGACGAGAAGUGCCGACGUUUUCAGUGGCAAUUGCGCCUGCAGGAAGUAAAAGGCGCGUGUGGCUUCACCGAGACAUGUGCCGGUUUCACGGGGAUGAAACCGGACAGGCUGCUUUGGCCCCUCUAGGUCCCGUGUGUGUAGGCGAUUUUAUAGAAUUGCCCGUCGUUCUUGCCAAUGGGAUAGGUAUUGCUGACCUUCAUACAAUCAGGUGGCUUCCUAUGCAUGUUGCUCCGAGGCUAUCAAGGGUCGUUUCCGGGCCAAAGGCACUCGAGGCAGCUGCUCUUGGGUUAUACGAAGGGUGUGGCUUGGAGAUGCAAUAUGUGGAGUGGUUCGACGGUGACCAGUACCGUCAUAUGACGACUGAAAGACUUAAGCGCGCUGAAUGCCUAGAACCGGAGCUACACCAUAUUUCUACAUCGUACUCAGGAGUAGACGUGCUUGUGCGCCGUUCGACCUACAACGCUGCACGCGAAGGCUCGUUGGGGGCCGCAGCUAAGCGCGCAUGGGGCUUGCAGUGCCGCGUGCUCCCAGCCGACGCGCCUAUUGUAUUCCCUCUAACUCGUCGAGGCCUUCUACACGACAGAGCUACCAGUUUCUACCUCAGAGUGGGCGAUACUUUGGAUUCGUAUCUUACAGUUGGAGGCGGAACUUUCUAA